UCCAAAGUUGCUGUCUGAGCAGAGGCAUCGGGAAGAGGAGGCCAGUCACUCUGAGAUUCCUCAGGAAAGCUGCUUAAAUGAGAUGAGAAGGUUUCUCCUUCCAAGGAUACACAGCCAAGAAGCGACGCUGAGGAGCUGUUUCCCUUCUUCUCUCCCCCAACUCCUCCUGGAGUUGAACAGCUCUCAUUUUCUGGCAUGCGUCUCAUCUCUCAGGAUACUAUGUCACAGUAUUCUACCAACUUUCUCUUGCUCCCCAUACCAGAGUAUCCUGUCCUAGACUGCGUGCCCAACAAAAUCAUCAAGCUCGUGGUCCUGGGUGGCAGCAGCGUUGGCAAGACAGCCCUGGUUGUGCGUUUUCUCACGAAGAGAUUUAUUGGAGACUAUGAAGCCAAUACUGGUGCUUUGUAUUCAAGAAAGUUCACCAUAGAUGGGGAACAGAUCUCUCUGCAGGUGCAGGACACACCCUUUGUUUCCCUGGAGGAUGACACUGAGAGCAUCUGCUGCCAAGAGCAGAUCAACCGUUCCAUCUACUGGGCGGACGGCUUCGUUUUUGUCUACUCCAUCACAGACUACGAGAGCUACCGAGUCCUCCGCCCCCUCCACCAGCACAUCCGCAGGAUCCACCCCAAUGCCAACAUCCCCCUGCUGCUGAUGGCCAACAAAGGGGACCUCCUGCGUGCCAGACAGGUGUCCUCCAAAGAAGGGCUCCAGCUGGCCACGGAACUGGGAGGUACUUACUACGAAGUCUCAGCCCGGGAGAACUGUGAGGGAGUGCACGAAGCCUUCCAGCAGCUUUGCCAGGAGGUCAGCAGGAUGAUUGGGAGCUGCAACGGGGAGAAACGAAGAGGUCUCCACCUCGUCCGACCCAAAUCUCCAAACAUGCAGGACUUGAAGAGACGUUUGAAGCAGGCUCUGAGUUCCAAAGGGAAAUCUGCCACCACGCUUUGAGGCAGCCGACAGAAAUCGUUUUCCGCAGCCCUGAAAAUAAAAAAGGCAAGAAAAUCAGCUGGUAAUAAGGGGCAUGGCUGAAAUUCAGCCAUCAGGUUGUG